AAAUAAAUAAAAAAUACAAACAAGUAAAAAAAUACAAAUAUAAAAUAUUUAAUUAAAAAUUUAAAAAAAGUUACACUUAACAAACAACUAGUUGAAAUAAAAGAGAAAUAGAAACACAAAUGUCAAUGGAAAAUCCCCAUAAUUUUGUAUAAAAAAAACGUUUUAAUUAUAAAUUCAGAUGGGUCACCGUUUUAGUAAAACUGCUGCAAAUAAUAUUGCUGCUAAAACAACGACAACAACUACUAUUUCUACAGAAAAAGCAUUUACCACAACAACAACAAAUAUAAUACCUAUACCUAACGGUAAUCAACAGCAACAACAACAAUUUGUAGGACCCACUAUAAAUUUACAAAUACAAGGAAGUCCUACCACCACUACCUGUAGUGGAAGUAACGAUAAUAAUCUUAUAACAACAACAGCUGGCAUUUUACAGCAACAGCAACAACAACAGCAACAGCAAACUAAUAGUAUUAGCAAUAGUUUAACAUCAGUUAAUAAUUUAUCGUGUGGACGUCAGAUAAUCAUUAAAAUUCAAUUGGCUAAAAUGGAAAACGGAAAUGAAACAUCAUUAUCACCACAACAACAACAACAACUGCAACAGGACUCUAGCACUACUACGAAUAAUACUACUACUUCCUUGGAAAGUUUAACAGCUGAUUGUAAUCUCAAUUCCCGAGAAUUAGCAACAACAGUAACAGCAGCGGGUACACAAUUUUUAAAUCUUACUUUAAAUGGUAGUAGCCAUCCUACUACUUCAUUGUCUUCAACAACAACAACAUCAUCAUCAUCAUCAUCUUCUGCUUCAUUAUUUAGAACUGCUGGCAGUUCUUUGAAUAGAAAUAAUAAUUAUUUAAAUAAAAAUAGUGGCAUGACAAGUUCAGGUGCCAUGUCAAGACAUGAACGUCCGGAACGUUUUAAUUCUUUACAAUUUAAUGAUGAAAUUGUCGAACAAAAUAUUGGUGAAAUUGUUGAGUAUUGUGAAGUUUUGGAAGAUCAUCAUCAGCUGCAACAACCUGCUGGUAGUUUGCAUAUGCAAGCAAUUAAUGAAGAACCAGAUAAUAACGAGGCAAAUGUUUGCUGUCGCCGUAAAUCAAAGUCUUUAGCAGCAAGUGGAAGUUCAAUGUCUUCUAGCAGUAAUAAUACGGGUGCGAAAACGAAAAGUCGUUGUCGUAAGUGUAGUUGUCGCGAUGCAUUCAGACGCUUUUUAGAUCCCUCACUAUCAAGAUCAUCAAAUAAGGCCAGCAAACAACAGCAGCAACAACAACAACAGCAGCAGCAGCAACAGCUUAAAGAACAAAAACGUAACAAAUCACAAGAUAGACAUUCCAUUAAUAAUCCACUGGUUAUAAAUAAUACAAAUAAAGUCACAUUACAACAGCAACGUAAUUCCAUGCAUUCCACCACCACAACCACCAUCAUGAACACAAAUACACCAACAACAAGACCCCCAACAAGUACAACAACAUCAACAGCAGCUGCUGCUAUAGUUGUACCCCCUGCAGUAAGCAAUCAAGUAGCAUUAUGGGGCCCGGCCACUACUACAAAUGGCAGUGAUGUUAUUAUACCCCUAACAACACCAGCACCAUCACAAUUUGUUGUGCUACAAUGUGCUAUAGUAAAUCCCUCGAAUGCAGCUCUACCACCCCUACCUAAUAUCCAUAACCCCAACACCUCCAAUUCUUGCUUAAACAGCAAUAGUUUAUUAGCAAUAACGCAAGAUCUAACACCCUCUUCUUCCUCCUUGUCCAACUCCACCUCCAUCUCCAAUGAUUUAAUGGUUAAAGUUCCUGCUAAUCCCACAAGACCGGCGGCAGCUGUUAGCGGUUCCACAGGACCCAUUGUACAUUCACAAGUAGAUUUUGUUCACUAUCUAGUGCCCGAUUUGGAACGUAUUACCAAUUCCAGUUUUUAUUGGGGUAAAAUGGAUAGAUAUGAAGCUGAACGUUUGUUGGAGGGUAAACCAGAGGGUACUUUUCUGCUGCGCGAUUCAGCCCAAGAAGAAUUUCUAUUCUCAGUAACAUUUCGUAAAUAUGGACGCUCUUUGCAUGCUCGCAUUGAACAAAGUGAUCAUCGUUUUAGCUUUGACUGUCAUGAUCCUUGUGUUUUUACCGCUCCCACUGUUACCGGACUGCUGGAACAUUAUAAAGAUCCCGCCUGUGUUAUGUUCUUUGAGCCUAUGCUUACCAUACCAUUACAUCGUAAGAAUUGCUUUUCCCUGCAGAAACUAUGUCGUGCCACAAUUGUCUCGAAUACCACUUACGAUGGUAUCAAUGAAUUAGAAUUACCGGCACGUCUCAAAUCCUAUCUAAAGGAAUAUCAUUAUAAGCAAAAACUGCGCGUUAAAUCCAAUGAACCCACCUACACUAUACACUGUAAAUAGUGUAAAGAUAUAACGGCUAAUAUGAGCCGUCAACAGCAAGAAUUUUUACCCAUAACAACGUAUCAUAAGGCCUAUCAUGUGGCCAGAUAUCAAUAUGAACGUGAUACAUAUCAUCAGCGUUUAAUUAAAUGGUACGAUGACAAGUUGCGUUCAUUGGAGGAACACAAACAAUUACACACAAAUAAAUGUGUGAUUUUCUAAAAAAAAAA